AUGGGCAAGACCAUUGAGCUAUGGAAGCGCAACCCUGUCGAGUGUAUCAAGGAGCUUAUAGGCAAUCCUGCUUUCAAAGAUGAUAUCAAAUAUGCACCGGAGCAACACUUCACUUCACCCGACUGCAACAAUCAUAUAUUCAACGAAAUGUGGACAGGAGAAUGGUGGUGGGACAUCCAGAAAGAACUCCCACACAAUGCGACAAUCACACCUGUCAUUCUCGCAUCAGACAAGACCCAAUUGUCCACAUUUAGUGGUGAUAAGCAGGCCUGGCCUGUGUAUCUUAGCAUUGGAAAUAUCCGCAAGUCUGUUCGGUGUGCUCCUUCUGCUCGGGCAACUGUACUAGUUGGCUAUCUUCCUGUCACAAAGCUAGAGUGCUUUUCGGACAGCCGACGGGCUCUGGAAGGCUACCGACUCUUUCAUACUUGCAUGCACUCACUCCUGGAACCGCUGAUAGCAGCAGGAAAACAAGGUGUCAGGAUGGUGUGCACUAAUGGUCAAGUGCGCAGGAUAUACCUGAUUGUUGCAGCAUACAUUACGGACCACCCGGAACAGUGCCUCAUGGCAUGCUGCAAGGAGAAUCACUGCCCAAAGUGCACAGUCAAGCCUGAUCAGUGUGGAGAACUUCUGAACUCACUGUUGCGGGAUCCUCAGGAAACCUGUGAAACAAUUGCCAGGGAAUCACAUGGACAGAAGCCUGAAAAGUUCGAGGCACAAGGCAUGCGCCUCAUUGAUCCAUUCUGGCAGGAGCUACCACACUGCAAUAUCUUUGCUUGCAUUGCACCCGAUCUUCUGCAUCAGCUUCACAAAGGUGUUUUCAAAGACCAUACUGUCAAGUGGGCAACUGAAUGCUUUGCUGGAGGAGCUGCUGAGAUUGAUCGUCAUUUCAAGGCAAUGACACAUCAUCCAAAUUUGCGGCACUUCAAGAAAAGCAUUUCAACAAUUUCCCAGUGGACUGGCACAGAGUAUAAAAAUAUGGAGAAGGUAUUCCUCGGGGUGCUUACUGGUGGUGCAUGCAGUCCUGCAGUCUUGCGUGCAGUUCGUGCAGUGUUGGACUUCAUCUACUAUGCGCACUUCGAAACACAUACCACAGAUUCUAUCAUCCAGCUCGAGGCCACCUUAGAUGCUUUCCAUGAAAACAAGCAUGUAUUUGCGGAUGAAGGUGUUCGUGAUGACUUCAACAUACCAAAGGUUCACUCAGAAGUUCAUUAUGGCACCUCAAUCCGCUCACUAGGAACCGCUGAUGGCUUCAACAUGGAAGGAUCUGAAAGACUACAUAUUGACUAUGCAAAACAGGGUUAUCGUGCAAGCAACAAGAAGGCAUAUGUUAAACAAAUGACAGUCUGGCUGACAUGCCAGGAGACCAUUCACCAGUUCCGAAGCUAUCUUGCAUGGGCAGAGCCUAUGAGCACCUCAGUAGAUGUCCCUGAUGAUGAGGAUGAUGAAGAUCUUGAUGAUGAUAAUGAGGAGGAGAUAGAGGAGACAUCAAACACUUACUCAGUAGCCAAGGAACCUGGGCUGGGUCAGGUGAGCAUCAAGACGCUCACUGAAACAUUUGGGUGCACAAACUUUCUGUGCAAUCUGGAAGACUUCCUGUGCAAGUCUACACACAACAAGAAGCUUCCCAAAGUAGCAGAGCACAUGUAUGAGCAAACAAGGUUUGCUGUGUACAAGCGGAUGAAGGUGGACUUACCUGCUGCACGUCAAGUUUCAUGCAUCAAUGGGCGGCAGGACACAGUACGUGCAAUGCCUGCAAUUCCAGCAACAAUCCACAGAAAGGUGGUCCCAUCACACUUUGACACAGUUUUGGCUUAUGAGUUCCUGCCUGAUGUAGUUGGGUCUGAUAAAGUUGACCCAUUAGAAGGCCAGUCCAUCUUCUGCAUCCCAGAAACAUAUGGCCGCUUCGCAUCAAAGCACCCACUAGCAUAUGUGGAAUGGUUUACUCCACUACAGACAAUAUGCCCAGAUACUGGUAUGUUCAAGAUUUCACCCUCAACACGUCGACAUCGCCAUCGCACAGCAAUCAUUCCAAUCACACAGAUAGCCCGUAGUUGUCACUUGAUCCCACAUUGGGGUCAUGUAAUGGACCGCACCUGGGCAUCUGCAGAUAUCCUUGAUAAGUGUUCCUCAUUCUAUGUCAACCCAUAUCUUCAUCAUGAUGAUUUCCUCUUGCUACAGUACCUACAAAGUCAGUCAAAAAGCUAG